AUGAGGGUUAAGGUUGCUGAUUUUGGCACGUCUUGUCUCGAAACACAAUGCCGGGAAGCCAAAGGGAAUAUGGGGACUUACCGGUGGAUGGCACCAGAGAUGAUCGAGGAGAAACCUUAUACUCGAAAAGUUGACGUUUAUAGUUUUGGGAUCGCGCUAUGGGAGCUCACCACAGCUUUGCUUCCUUUUCUAGGAAUGACUCCUGUGCAAGCUGCUUUUGCUGUGGUCGAAAAGAAUGAGCGACCGCCAUUGGCAGCAAAUUGUCAACUUGCACUCGCACACCUUAUGAAGCGCUGUUGGGUAGCAAACCACUCUAAGCGUCCAGAUUUCAGUGACAUUGUCUCUGCUCUGGAAACGUACAACGAGUGUGUGACAGAGGGUCUCCCACAGUCCCACUUACUCUUCACUCAGAGUUAG